AUGACGCGGUAUCCAGACGUUGCAAACUGGCUGCUCGUCUUGACGCUGGCCUGGGCUCCCAUCCGCAGCCUCGGCCUAGUCAUCCAGCCAUACGAGCAUCGCUUGGACAAUGAACAGCUGGUCUUGGGACAGCAUCGUCCAGAAUCACCCUCUACAGCCUACCGAUCCCAAGCUCCUUACGCACCGCCCUUUCCUAGCAGGCCAGGAAACCGUCCGUCGGGCUUCAUCGCUCUCGGCGACUCAUACUCUGCCGGCAUCGGUACAGGCCUGUUCAACGGCACCGAAGAUGACUGUCGCCACGGCCACAAUGCCUACCCGAUGCUAGUCCAGGAAGACCUCAGCCGCAGCUUGGAUGGAGGCGACGGCCCUACCUUUCAGUUCCUCUCCUGCACGGGCUCGACCGUCAACGAUAUGCUCGCUGGUGCGGAGCACAGCCAGAUUGACGAGUUCAACACGACGGCGACGGCCGACUUUGCCCUCCUGUCCAUUGGCGGCAACGACCUGGGCUUUUUCGAAAUCAUGAACAGCUGCAUCUUUCGCUUCUACAGCUUCUACUCUGGGACCUGCGAGUCUGCUCUUCGUCACGCCGACGAGCAAAUGGCCAGCUCCGAUUUUGAACAUCGCCUUCGACUCGUCAUUAUGGAGAUUCUCGACCGCGUUCGGUGGGAGAAGCGGCCGUGGUUUACCAUCACCGUCACUGGAUACGCCCGCUUCUUCAACGCCGACACAGAGGAGUGCGACGACUACUCCUUUGGCAUGUGGUGGCGAGGCCCCAAGCUGAAGCGGGAGCUUCGACAGCGCAUGAACGACAUGGUUGUCGACGUCAACAACAAGAUCCGCCGCUCAGUCGACGCCAUCAACGCCGCGUUUGCAGAGCCCAGGGUCCUUUUCGUCGACUACGACGACGCCUUUGAGGGCCAUCGCUUCUGCGAGCCGGGCGUCGUCGAGCCAGACUAUGCGAGAAACGAAACGUGGUUCUUCCUCGUUGGCGGUUUGGACAAUACAGAGACGCCCGUGCUCGGGGCCACGGACGCCCUACUCCCUCUGGAUUCCCCGCUGGUUGAUCCGGUCAACUGCCUUGGACCAGCGCAGAAAUCCGGGGACUGGGGCGAGAUGGCUCUGUGCAUGAUGGCCACGGCGGCUAGCAAAGAUGCAGAGCUGCGAAAGGCAGACGGGCGGGUCGUGGCGGAGAAUUCCAUGUGGUAUGUGCCCACAUAUUACGGCAAGACUUUUCAUCCGCGCAGUCUUGGCCACAUGGCAAUGAGGGACCGCAUAUACAAGGCGUGGCGUGAAAACAAUAUCCCAACGCUGGGAUGA